AUGCAGAGCAAACACCGCUACAAAGAAUCACUAUCAGGAUCUGCUUGUCCGAUAUGGCCUGGAGAUUUUGAGUUACUAUAUAAGUAUGAAACAUAUAAUAACAGCUACAAAGAAUCACUAUCAGGAUCUGCUUGUCCGAUAUGGCCUGGAGAUUUUGAGUUACUAUAUAAGUAUGAAACAUAUAAUAACAGCUACAAAGAAUCACUAUCAGGAUCUGGUUGUCCGAUAUGGCCUGGAGAUUUUGAGUUACUAUAUAAGUAUGAAACAUAUAAUAACAGCUACAAAGAAUCACUAUCAGGAUCUGCUUGUCCGAUAUGGCCUGGAGAUUUUGAGUUACUAUAUAAGUAUGAAACAUAUAAUAACAGCUACAAAGAAUCACUAUCAGGAUCUGCUUGUCCGAUAUGGCCUGGAGAUUUUGAGUUACUAUAUAAGUAUGAAACAUAUAAUAACAGCUACAAAGAAUCACUAUCAGGAUCUGCUUGUCCGAUAUGGCCUGGAGAUUUUGAGUUACUAUAUAAGUAUGAAACAUAUAAUAACAGCUACAAAGAAUCACUAUCAGGAUCUGCUUGUCCGAUAUGGCCUGGAGAUUUUGAGUUACUAUAUAAGUAUGAAACAUAUAAUAACAGCUACAAAGAAUCACUAUCAGGAUCUGCUUGUCCGAUAUGGCCUGGAGAUUUUGAGUUACUAUAUAAGUAUGAAACAUAUAAUAACAGCUACAAAGAAUCACUAUCAGGAUCUGGUUGUCCGAUAUGGCCUGGAGAUUUUGAGUUACUAUAUAAGUAUGAAACAUAUAAUAACAGCUACAAAGAAUCACUAUCAGGAUCUGGUUGUCCGAUAUGGCCUGGAGAUUUUGAGUUACUAUAUAAGUAUGAAACAUAUAAUAACAGCUACAAAGAAUCACUAUCAGGAUCUGCUUGUCCGAUAUGGCCUGGAGAUUUUGAGUUACUAUAUAAGUAUGAAACAUAUAAUAACAGCUACAAAGAAUCACUAUCAGGAUCUGGUUGUCCGAUAUGGCCUGGAGAUUUUGAGUUACUAUAUAAGUAUGAAACAUAUAAUAACAGCUACAAAGAAUCACUAUCAGGAUCUGGUUGUCCGAUAUGGCCUGGAGAUUUUGAGUUACUAUAUAAGUAUGAAACAUAUAAUAACAGCUACAAAGAAUCACUAUCAGGAUCUGGUUGUCCGAUAUGGCCUGGAGAUUUUGAGUUACUAUAUAAGUAUGAAACAUAUAAUAACAGCUACAAAGAAUCACUAUCAGGAUCUGCUUGUCCGAUAUGGCCUGGAGAUUUUGAGUUACUAUAUAAGUAUGAAACAUAUAAUAACAGCUACAAAGAAUCACUAUCAGGAUCUGCUUGUCCGAUAUGGCCUGGAGAUUUUGAGUUACUAUAUAAGUAUGAAACAUAUAAUAACAGCUACAAAGAAUCACUAUCAGGAUCUGCUUGUCCGAUAUGGCCUGGAGAUUUUGAGUUACUAUAUAAGUAUGAAACAUAUAAUAACAGCUACAAAGAAUCACUAUCAGGAUCUGGUUGUCCGAUAUGGCCUGGAGAUUUUGAGUUACUAUAUAAGUAUGAAACAUAUAAUAACAGCUACAAAGAAUCACUAUCAGGAUCUGGUUGUCCGAUAUGGCCUGGAGAUUUUGAGUUACUAUAUAAGUAUGAAACAUAUAAUAACAGCUACAAAGAAUCACUAUCAGGAUCUGGUUGUCCGAUAUGGCCUGGAGAUUUUGAGUUACUAUAUAAGUAUGAAACAUAUAAUAACAGCUACAAAGAAUCACUAUCAGGAUCUGGUUGUCCGAUAUGGCCUGGAGAUUUUGAGUUACUAUAUAAGUAUGAAACAUAUAAUAACAGCUACAAAGAAUCACUAUCAGGAUCUGGUUGUCCGAUAUGGCCUGGAGAUUUUGAGUUACUAUAUAAGUAUGAAACAUAUAAUAACAGCUACAAAGAAUCACUAUCAGGAUCUGGUUGUCCGAUAUGGCCUGGAGAUUUUGAGUUACUAUAUAAGUAUGAAACAUAUAAUAACAGCUACAAAGAAUCACUAUCAGGAUCUGGUUGUCCGAUAUGGCCUGGAGAUUUUGAGUUACUAUAUAAGUAUGAAACAUAUAAUAACAGCUACAAAGAAUCACUAUCAGGAUCUGGUUGUCCGAUAUGGCCUGGAGAUUUUGAGUUACUAUAUAAGUAUGAAACAUAUAAUAACAGCUACAAAGAAUCACUAUCAGGAUCUGAUUGUCCGAUAUGGCCUGGAGAUUUUGAGUUACUAUAUAAGUAUGAAACAUAUAAUAACAGCUACAAAGAAUCACUAUCAGGAUCUGGUUGUCCGAUAUGGCCUGGAGAUUUUGAGUUACUAUAUAAGUAUGAAACAUAUAAUAACAGCUACAAAGAAUCACUAUCAGGAUCUGGUUGUCCGAUAUGGCCUGGAGAUUUUGAGUUACUAUAUAAGUAUGAAACAUAUAAUAACAGCUACAAAGAAUCACUAUCAGGAUCUGGUUGUCCGAUAUGGCCUGGAGAUUUUGAGUUACUAUAUAAGUAUGAAACAUAUAAUAACAGCUACAAAGAAUCACUAUCAGGAUCUGGUUGUCCGAUAUGGCCUGGAGAUUUUGAGUUACUAUAUAAGUAUGAAACAUAUAAUAACAGCUACAAAGAAUCACUAUCAGGAUCUGGUUGUCCGAUAUGGCCUGGAGAUUUUGAGUUACUAUAUAAGUAUGAAACAUAUAAUAACAGCUACAAAGAAUCACUAUCAGGAUCUGGUUGUCCGAUAUGGCCUGGAGAUUUUGAGUUACUAUAUAAGUAUGAAACAUAUAAUAACAGCUACAAAGAAUCACUAUCAGGAUCUGCUUGUCCGAUAUGGCCUGGAGAUUUUGAGUUACUAUAUAAGUAUGAAACAUAUAAUAACAGCUACAAAGAAUCACUAUCAGGAUCUGGUUGUCCGAUAUGGCCUGGAGAUUUUGAGUUACUAUAUAAGUAUGAAACAUAUAAUAACAGCUACAAAGAAUCACUAUCAGGAUCUGGUUGUCCGAUAUGGCCUGGAGAUUUUGAGUUACUAUAUAAGUAUGAAACAUAUAAUAACAGCUUCAAAGAAUCACUAUCAGGAUCUGCUUGUCCGAUAUGGCCUGGAGAUUUUGAGUUACUAUAUAAGUAUGAAACAUAUAAUAACAGCUACAAAGAAUCACUAUCAGGAUCUGGUUGUCCGAUAUGGCCUGGAGAUUUUGAGUUACUAUAUAAGUAUGAAACAUAUAAUAACAGCUACAAAGAAUCACUAUCAGGAUCUGGUUGUCCGAUAUGGCCUGGAGAUUUUGAGUUACUAUAUAAGUAUGAAACAUAUAAUAACAGCUACAAAGAAUCACUAUCAGGAUCUGGUUGUCCGAUAUGGCCUGGAGAUUUUGAGUUACUAUAUAAGUAUGAAACAUAUAAUAACAGCUACAAAGAAUCACUAUCAGGAUCUGGUUGUCCGAUAUGGCCUGGAGAUUUUGAGUUACUAUAUAAGUAUGAAACAUAUAAUAACAGCUACAAAGAAUCACUAUCAGGAUCUGGUUGUCCGAUAUGGCCUGGAGAUUUUGAGUUACUAUAUAAGUAUGAAACAUAUAAUAACAGCUACAAAGAAUCACUAUCAGGAUCUGGUUGUCCGAUAUGGCCUGGAGAUUUUGAGUUACUAUAUAAGUAUGAAACAUAUAAUAACAGCUACAAAGAAUCACUAUCAGGAUCUGGUUGUCCGAUAUGGCCUGGAGAUUUUGAGUUACUAUAUAAGUAUGAAACAUAUAAUAACAGCUACAAAGAAUCACUAUCAGGAUCUGGUUGUCCGAUAUGGCCUGGAGAUUUUGAGUUACUAUAUAAGUAUGAAACAUAUAAUAACAGCUACAAAGAAUCACUAUCAGGAUCUGAUUGUCCGAUAUGGCCUGGAGAUUUUGAGUUACUAUAUAAGUAUGAAACAUAUAAUAACAGCUACAAAGAAUCACUAUCAGGAUCUGGUUGUCCGAUAUGGCCUGGAGAUUUUGAGUUACUAUAUAAGUAUGAAACAUAUAAUAACAGCUACAAAGAAUCACUAUCAGGAUCUGGUUGUCCGAUAUGGCCUGGAGAUUUUGAGUUACUAUAUAAGUAUGAAACAUAUAAUAACAGCUACAAAGAAUCACUAUCAGGAUCUGGUUGUCCGAUAUGGCCUGGAGAUUUUGAGUUACUAUAUAAGUAUGAAACAUAUAAUAACAGCUACAAAGAAUCACUAUCAGGAUCUGCUUGUCCGAUAUGGCCUGGAGAUUUUGAGUUACUAUAUAAGUAUGAAACAUAUAAUAACAGCUACAAAGAAUCACUAUCAGGAUCUGGUUGUCCGAUAUGGCCUGGAGAUUUUGAGUUACUAUAUAAGUAUGAAACAUAUAAUAACAGCUACAAAGAAUCACUAUCAGGAUCUGGUUGUCCGAUAUGGCCUGGAGAUUUUGAGUUACUAUAUAAGUAUGAAACAUAUAAUAACAGCUACAAAGAAUCACUAUCAGGAUCUGCUUGUCCGAUAUGGCCUGGAGAUUUUGAGUUACUAUAUAAGUAUGAAACAUAUAAUAACAGCUACAAAGAAUCACUAUCAGGAUCUGGUUGUCCGAUAUGGCCUGGAGAUUUUGAGUUACUAUAUAAGUAUGAAACAUAUAAUAACAGCUACAAAGAAUCACUAUCAGGAUCUGGUUGUCCGAUAUGGCCUGGAGAUUUUGAGUUACUAUAUAAGUAUGAAACAUAUAAUAACAGCUACAAAGAAUCACUAUCAGGAUCUGCUUGUCCGAUAUGGCCUGGAGAUUUUGAGUUACUAUAUAAGUAUGAAACAUAUAAUAACAGCAACAAAGAAUCACUAUCAGGAUCUGGUUGUCCGAUAUGGCCUGGAGAUUUUGAGUUACUAUAUAAGUAUGAAACAUAUAAUAACAGCUACAAAGAAUCACUAUCAGGAUCUGCUUGUCCGAUAUGGCCUGGAGAUUUUGAGUUACUAUAUAAGUAUGAAACAUAUAAUAACAGCUACAAAGAAUCACUAUCAGGAUCUGGUUGUCCGAUAUGGCCUGGAGAUUUUGAGUUACUAUAUAAGUAUGAAACAUAUAAUAACAGCUACAAAGAAUCACUAUCAGGAUCUGGUUGUCCGAUAUGGCCUGGAGAUUUUGAGUUACUAUAUAAGUAUGAAACAUAUAAUAACAGCUACAAAGAAUCACUAUCAGGAUCUGGUUGUCCGAUAUGGCCUGGAGAUUUUGAGUUACUAUAUAAGUAUGAAACAUAUAAUAACAGCUACAAAGAAUCACUAUCAGGAUCUGGUUGUCCGAUAUGGCCUGGAGAUUUUGAGUUACUAUAUAAGUAUGAAACAUAUAAUAACAGCUACAAAGAAUCACUAUCAGGAUCUGGUUGUCCGAUAUGGCCUGGAGAUUUUGAGUUACUAUAUAAGUAUGAAACAUAUAAUAACAGCUACAAAGAAUCACUAUCAGGAUCUGGUUGUCCGAUAUGGCCUGGAGAUUUUGAGUUACUAUAUAAGUAUGAAACAUAUAAUAACAGCUACAAAGAAUCACUAUCAGGAUCUGGUUGUCCGAUAUGGCCUGGAGAUUUUGAGUUACUAUAUAAGUAUGAAACAUAUAAUAACAGCUACAAAGAAUCACUAUCAGGAUCUGCUUGUCCGAUAUGGCCUGGAGAUUUUGAGUUACUAUAUAAGUAUGAAACAUAUAAUAACAGCUACAAAGAAUCACUAUCAGGAUCUGCUUGUCCGAUAUGGCCUGGAGAUUUUGAGUUACUAUAUAAGUAUGAAACAUAUAAUAACAGCUACAAAGAAUCACUAUCAGGAUCUGGUUGUCCGAUAUGGCCUGGAGAUUUUGAGUUACUAUAUAAGUAUGAAACAUAUAAUAACAGCUACAAAGAAUCACUAUCAGGAUCUGCUUGUCCGAUAUGGCCUGGAGAUUUUGAGUUACUAUAUAAGUAUGAAACAUAUAAUAACAGCUACAAAGAAUCACUAUCAGGAUCUGCUUGUCCGAUAUGGCCUGGAGAUUUUGAGUUACUAUAUAAGUAUGAAACAUAUAAUAACAGCUACAAAGAAUCACUAUCAGGAUCUGGUUGUCCGAUAUGGCCUGGAGAUUUUGAGUUACUAUAUAAGUAUGAAACAUAUAAUAACAGCUACAAAGAAUCACUAUCAGGAUCUGCUUGUCCGAUAUGGCCUGGAGAUUUUGAGUUACUAUAUAAGUAUGAAACAUAUAAUAACAGCUACAAAGAAUCACUAUCAGGAUCUGCUUGUCCGAUAUGGCCUGGAGAUUUUGAGUUACUAUAUAAGUAUGAAACAUAUAAUAACAGCUACAAAGAAUCACUAUCAGGAUCUGCUUGUCCGAUAUGGCCUGGAGAUUUUGAGUUACUAUAUAAGUAUGAAACAUAUAAUAACAGCUACAAAGAAUCACUAUCAGGAUCUGCUUGUCCGAUAUGGCCUGGAGAUUUUGAGUUACUAUAUAAGUAUGAAACAUAUAAUAACAGCUACAAAGAAUCACUAUCAGGAUCUGGUUGUCCGAUAUGGCCUGGAGAUUUUGAGUUACUAUAUAAGUAUGAAACAUAUAAUAACAGCUACAAAGAAUCACUAUCAGGAUCUGGUUGUCCGAUAUGGCCUGGAGAUUUUGAGUUACUAUAUAAGUAUGAAACAUAUAAUAACAGCUACAAAGAAUCACUAUCAGGAUCUGGUUGUCCGAUAUGGCCUGGAGAUUUUGAGUUACUAUAUAAGUAUGAAACAUAUAAUAACAGCUACAAAGAAUCACUAUCAGGAUCUGGUUGUCCGAUAUGGCCUGGAGAUUUUGAGUUACUAUAUAAGUAUGAAACAUAUAAUAACAGCUACAAAGAAUCACUAUCAGGAUCUGGUUGUCCGAUAUGGCCUGGAGAUUUUGAGUUACUAUAUAAGUAUGAAACAUAUAAUAACAGCUACAAAGAAUCACUAUCAGGAUCUGAUUGUCCGAUAUGGCCUGGAGAUUUUGAGUUACUAUAUAAGUAUGAAACAUAUAAUAACAGCUACAAAGAAUCACUAUCAGGAUCUGGUUGUCCGAUAUGGCCUGGAGAUUUUGAGUUACUAUAUAAGUAUGAAACAUAUAAUAACAGCUACAAAGAAUCACUAUCAGGAUCUGGUUGUCCGAUAUGGCCUGGAGAUUUUGAGUUACUAUAUAAGUAUGAAACAUAUAAUAACAGCUACAAAGAAUCACUAUCAGGAUCUGCUUGUCCGAUAUGGCCUGGAGAUUUUGAGUUACUAUAUAAGUAUGAAACAUAUAAUAACAGCUACAAAGAAUCACUAUCAGGAUCUGGUUGUCCGAUAUGGCCUGGAGAUUUUGAGUUACUAUAUAAGUAUGAAACAUAUAAUAACAGCUACAAAGAAUCACUAUCAGGAUCUGGUUGUCCGAUAUGGCCUGGAGAUUUUGAGUUACUAUAUAAGUAUGAAACAUAUAAUAACAGCUACAAAGAAUCACUAUCAGGAUCUGGUUGUCCGAUAUGGCCUGGAGAUUUUGAGUUACUAUAUAAGUAUGAAACAUAUAAUAACAGCUACAAAGAAUCACUAUCAGGAUCUGGUUGUCCGAUAUGGCCUGGAGAUUUUGAGUUACUAUAUAAGUAUGAAACAUAUAAUAACAGCUACAAAGAAUCACUAUCAGGAUCUGGUUGUCCGAUAUGGCCUGGAGAUUUUGAGUUACUAUAUAAGUAUGAAACAUAUAAUAACAGCUACAAAGAAUCACUAUCAGGAUCUGGUUGUCCGAUAUGGCCUGGAGAUUUUGAGUUACUAUAUAAGUAUGAAACAUAUAAUAACAGCUACAAAGAAUCACUAUCAGGAUCUGAUUGUCCGAUAUGGCCUGGAGAUUUUGAGUUACUAUAUAAGUAUGAAACAUAUAAUAACAGCUACAAAGAAUCACUAUCAGGAUCUGGUUGUCCGAUAUGGCCUGGAGAUUUUGAGUUACUAUAUAAGUAUGAAACAUAUAAUAACAGCUACAAAGAAUCACUAUCAGGAUCUGGUUGUCCGAUAUGGCCUGGAGAUUUUGAGUUACUAUAUAAGUAUGAAACAUAUAAUAACAGCUACAAAGAAUCACUAUCAGGAUCUGCUUGUCCGAUAUGGCCUGGAGAUUUUGAGUUACUAUAUAAGUAUGAAACAUAUAAUAACAGCUACAAAGAAUCACUAUCAGGAUCUGGUUGUCCGAUAUGGCCUGGAGAUUUUGAGUUACUAUAUAAGUAUGAAACAUAUAAUAACAGCUACAAAGAAUCACUAUCAGGAUCUGGUUGUCCGAUAUGGCCUGGAGAUUUUGAGUUACUAUAUAAGUAUGAAACAUAUAAUAACAGCUACAAAGAAUCACUAUCAGGAUCUGGUUGUCCGAUAUGGCCUGGAGAUUUUGAGUUACUAUAUAAGUAUGAAACAUAUAAUAACAGCUACAAAGAAUCACUAUCAGGAUCUGCUUGUCCGAUAUGGCCUGGAGAUUUUGAGUUACUAUAUAAGUAUGAAACAUAUAAUAACAGCUACAAAGAAUCACUAUCAGGAUCUGGUUGUCCGAUAUGGCCUGGAGAUUUUGAGUUACUAUAUAAGUAUGAAACAUAUAAUAACAGCUACAAAGAAUCACUAUCAGGAUCUGGUUGUCCGAUAUGGCCUGGAGAUUUUGAGUUACUAUAUAAGUAUGAAACAUAUAAUAACAGCUACAAAGAAUCACUAUCAGGAUCUGGUUGUCCGAUAUGGCCUGGAGAUUUUGAGUUACUAUAUAAGUAUGAAACAUAUAAUAACAGCUACAAAGAAUCACUAUCAGGAUCUGGUUGUCCGAUAUGGCCUGGAGAUUUUGAGUUACUAUAUAAGUAUGAAACAUAUAAUAACAGCUACAAAGAAUCACUAUCAGGAUCUGGUUGUCCGAUAUGGCCUGGAGAUUUUGAGUUACUAUAUAAGUAUGAAACAUAUAAUAACAGCUACAAAGAAUCACUAUCAGGAUCUGGUUGUCCGAUAUGGCCUGGAGAUUUUGAGUUACUAUAUAAGUAUGAAACAUAUAAUAACAGCUACAAAGAAUCACUAUCAGGAUCUGCUUGUCCGAUAUGGCCUGGAGAUUUUGAGUUACUAUAUAAGUAUGAAACAUAUAAUAACAGCUACAAAGAAUCACUAUCAGGAUCUGGUUGUCCGAUAUGGCCUGGAGAUUUUGAGUUACUAUAUAAGUAUGAAACAUAUAAUAACAGCUACAAAGAAUCACUAUCAGGAUCUGGUUGUCCGAUAUGGCCUGGAGAUUUUGAGUUACUAUAUAAGUAUGAAACAUAUAAUAACAGCUACAAAGAAUCACUAUCAGGAUCUGGUUGUCCGAUAUGGCCUGGAGAUUUUGAGUUACUAUAUAAGUAUGAAACAUAUAAUAACAGCUACAAAGAAUCACUAUCAGGAUCUGCUUGUCCGAUAUGGCCUGGAGAUUUUGAGUUACUAUAUAAGUAUGAAACAUAUAAUAACAGCUACAAAGAAUCACUAUCAGGAUCUGGUUGUCCGAUAUGGCCUGGAGAUUUUGAGUUACUAUAUAAGUAUGAAACAUAUAAUAACAGCUACAAAGAAUCACUAUCAGGAUCUGGUUGUCCGAUAUGGCCUGGAGAUUUUGAGUUACUAUAUAAGUAUGAAACAUAUAAUAACAGCUACAAAGAAUCACUAUCAGGAUCUGGUUGUCCGAUAUGGCCUGGAGAUUUUGAGUUACUAUAUAAGUAUGAAACAUAUAAUAACAGCUACAAAGAAUCACUAUCAGGAUCUGCUUGUCCGAUAUGGCCUGGAGAUUUUGAGUUACUAUAUAAGUAUGAAACAUAUAAUAACAGCUACAAAGAAUCACUAUCAGGAUCUGGUUGUCCGAUAUGGCCUGGAGAUUUUGAGUUACUAUAUAAGUAUGAAACAUAUAAUAACAGCUACAAAGAAUCACUAUCAGGAUCUGGUUGUCCGAUAUGGCCUGGAGAUUUUGAGUUACUAUAUAAGUAUGAAACAUAUAAUAACAGCUACAAAGAAUCACUAUCAGGAUCUGGUUGUCCGAUAUGGCCUGGAGAUUUUGAGUUACUAUAUAAGUAUGAAACAUAUAAUAACAGCUACAAAGAAUCACUAUCAGGAUCUGCUUGUCCGAUAUGGCCUGGAGAUUUUGAGUUACUAUAUAAGUAUGAAACAUAUAAUAACAGCUACAAAGAAUCACUAUCAGGAUCUGCUUGUCCGAUAUGGCCUGGAGAUUUUGAGUUACUAUAUAAGUAUGAAACAUAUAAUAACAGCUACAAAGAAUCACUAUCAGGAUCUGGUUGUCCGAUAUGGCCUGGAGAUUUUGAGUUACUAUAUAAGUAUGAAACAUAUAAUAACAGCUACAAAGAAUCACUAUCAGGAUCUGGUUGUCCGAUAUGGCCUGGAGAUUUUGAGUUACUAUAUAAGUAUGAAACAUAUAAUAACAGCUACAAAGAAUCACUAUCAGGAUCUGGUUGUCCGAUAUGGCCUGGAGAUUUUGAGUUACUAUAUAAGUAUGAAACAUAUAAUAACAGCUACAAAGAAUCACUAUCAGGAUCUGGUUGUCCGAUAUGGCCUGGAGAUUUUGAGUUACUAUAUAAGUAUGAAACAUAUAAUAACAGCUACAAAGAAUCACUAUCAGGAUCUGCUUGUCCGAUAUGGCCUGGAGAUUUUGAGUUACUAUAUAAGUAUGAAACAUAUAAUAACAGCUACAAAGAAUCACUAUCAGGAUCUGGUUGUCCGAUAUGGCCUGGAGAUUUUGAGUUACUAUAUAAGUAUGAAACAUAUAAUAACAGCUACAAAGAAUCACUAUCAGGAUCUGGUUGUCCGAUAUGGCCUGGAGAUUUUGAGUUACUAUAUAAGUAUGAAACAUAUAAUAACAGCUACAAAGAAUCACUAUCAGGAUCUGGUUGUCCGAUAUGGCCUGGAGAUUUUGAGUUACUAUAUAAGUAUGAAACAUAUAAUAACAGCUACAAAGAAUCACUAUCAGGAUCUGCUUGUCCGAUAUGGCCUGGAGAUUUUGAGUUACUAUAUAAGUAUGAAACAUAUAAUAACAGCUACAAAGAAUCACUAUCAGGAUCUGGUUGUCCGAUAUGGCCUGGAGAUUUUGAGUUACUAUAUAAGUAUGAAACAUAUAAUAACAGCUACAAAGAAUCACUAUCAGGAUCUGGUUGUCCGAUAUGGCCUGGAGAUUUUGAGUUACUAUAUAAGUAUGAAACAUAUAAUAACAGCUACAAAGAAUCACUAUCAGGAUCUGGUUGUCCGAUAUGGCCUGGAGAUUUUGAGUUACUAUAUAAGUAUGAAACAUAUAAUAACAGCUACAAAGAAUCACUAUCAGGAUCUGGUUGUCCGAUAUGGCCUGGAGAUUUUGAGUUACUAUAUAAGUAUGAAACAUAUAAUAACAGCUACAAAGAAUCACUAUCAGGAUCUGGUUGUCCGAUAUGGCCUGGAGAUUUUGAGUUACUAUAUAAGUAUGAAACAUAUAAUAACAGCUACAAAGAAUCACUAUCAGGAUCUGGUUGUCCGAUAUGGCCUGGAGAUUUUGAGUUACUAUAUAAGUAUGAAACAUAUAAUAACAGCUACAAAGAAUCACUAUCAGGAUCUGGUUGUCCGAUAUGGCCUGGAGAUUUUGAGUUACUAUAUAAGUAUGAAACAUAUAAUAACAGCUACAAAGAAUCACUAUCAGGAUCUGGUUGUCCGAUAUGGCCUGGAGAUUUUGAGUUACUAUAUAAGUAUGAAACAUAUAAUAACAGCUACAAAGAAUCACUAUCAGGAUCUGCUUGUCCGAUAUGGCCUGGAGAUUUUGAGUUACUAUAUAAGUAUGAAACAUAUAAUAACAGCUACAAAGAAUCACUAUCAGGAUCUGGUUGUCCGAUAUGGCCUGGAGAUUUUGAGUUACUAUAUAAGUAUGAAACAUAUAAUAACAGCUACAAAGAAUCACUAUCAGGAUCUGGUUGUCCGAUAUGGCCUGGAGAUUUUGAGUUACUAUAUAAGUAUGAAACAUAUAAUAACAGCUACAAAGAAUCACUAUCAGGAUCUGGUUGUCCGAUAUGGCCUGGAGAUUUUGAGUUACUAUAUAAGUAUGAAACAUAUAAUAACAGCUACAAAGAAUCACUAUCAGGAUCUGCUUGUCCGAUAUGGCCUGGAGAUUUUGAGUUACUAUAUAAGUAUGAAACAUAUAAUAACAGCUACAAAGAAUCACUAUCAGGAUCUGGUUGUCCGAUAUGGCCUGGAGAUUUUGAGUUACUAUAUAAGUAUGAAACAUAUAAUAACAGCUACAAAGAAUCACUAUCAGGAUCUGGUUGUCCGAUAUGGCCUGGAGAUUUUGAGUUACUAUAUAAGUAUGAAACAUAUAAUAACAGCUACAAAGAAUCACUAUCAGGAUCUGGUUGUCCGAUAUGGCCUGGAGAUUUUGAGUUACUAUAUAAGUAUGAAACAUAUAAUAACAGCUACAAAGAAUCACUAUCAGGAUCUGGUUGUCCGAUAUGGCCUGGAGAUUUUGAGUUACUAUAUAAGUAUGAAACAUAUAAUAACAGCUACAAAGAAUCACUAUCAGGAUCUGGUUGUCCGAUAUGGCCUGGAGAUUUUGAGUUACUAUAUAAGUAUGAAACAUAUAAUAACAGCUACAAAGAAUCACUAUCAGGAUCUGGUUGUCCGAUAUGGCCUGGAGAUUUUGAGUUACUAUAUAAGUAUGAAACAUAUAAUAACAGCUACAAAGAAUCACUAUCAGGAUCUGAUUGUCCGAUAUGGCCUGGAGAUUUUGAGUUACUAUAUAAGUAUGAAACAUAUAAUAACAGCUACAAAGAAUCACUAUCAGGAUCUGGUUGUCCGAUAUGGCCUGGAGAUUUUGAGUUACUAUAUAAGUAUGAAACAUAUAAUAACAGCUACAAAGAAUCACUAUCAGGAUCUGGUUGUCCGAUAUGGCCUGGAGAUUUUGAGUUACUAUAUAAGUAUGAAACAUAUAAUAACAGCUACAAAGAAUCACUAUCAGGAUCUGCUUGUCCGAUAUGGCCUGGAGAUUUUGAGUUACUAUAUAAGUAUGAAACAUAUAAUAACAGCUACAAAGAAUCACUAUCAGGAUCUGGUUGUCCGAUAUGGCCUGGAGAUUUUGAGUUACUAUAUAAGUAUGAAACAUAUAAUAACAGCUACAAAGAAUCACUAUCAGGAUCUGGUUGUCCGAUAUGGCCUGGAGAUUUUGAGUUACUAUAUAAGUAUGAAACAUAUAAUAACAGCUACAAAGAAUCACUAUCAGGAUCUGGUUGUCCGAUAUGGCCUGGAGAUUUUGAGUUACUAUAUAAGUAUGAAACAUAUAAUAACAGCUACAAAGAAUCACUAUCAGGAUCUGCUUGUCCGAUAUGGCCUGGAGAUUUUGAGUUACUAUAUAAGUAUGAAACAUAUAAUAACAGCUACAAAGAAUCACUAUCAGGAUCUGGUUGUCCGAUAUGGCCUGGAGAUUUUGAGUUACUAUAUAAGUAUGAAACAUAUAAUAACAGCUACAAAGAAUCACUAUCAGGAUCUGGUUGUCCGAUAUGGCCUGGAGAUUUUGAGUUACUAUAUAAGUAUGAAACAUAUAAUAACAGCUACAAAGAAUCACUAUCAGGAUCUGGUUGUCCGAUAUGGCCUGGAGAUUUUGAGUUACUAUAUAAGUAUGAAACAUAUAAUAACAGCUACAAAGAAUCACUAUCAGGAUCUGGUUGUCCGAUAUGGCCUGGAGAUUUUGAGUUACUAUAUAAGUAUGAAACAUAUAAUAACAGCUACAAAGAAUCACUAUCAGGAUCUGGUUGUCCGAUAUGGCCUGGAGAUUUUGAGUUACUAUAUAAGUAUGAAACAUAUAAUAACAGCUACAAAGAAUCACUAUCAGGAUCUGGUUGUCCGAUAUGGCCUGGAGAUUUUGAGUUACUAUAUAAGUAUGAAACAUAUAAUAACAGCUACAAAGAAUCACUAUCAGGAUCUGCUUGUCCGAUAUGGCCUGGAGAUUUUGAGUUACUAUAUAAGUAUGAAACAUAUAAUAACAGCUACAAAGAAUCACUAUCAGGAUCUGGUUGUCCGAUAUGGCCUGGAGAUUUUGAGUUACUAUAUAAGUAUGAAACAUAUAAUAACAGCUACAAAGAAUCACUAUCAGGAUCUGGUUGUCCGAUAUGGCCUGGAGAUUUUGAGUUACUAUAUAAGUAUGAAACAUAUAAUAACAGCUACAAAGAAUCACUAUCAGGAUCUGGUUGUCCGAUAUGGCCUGGAGAUUUUGAGUUACUAUAUAAGUAUGAAACAUAUAAUAACAGCUACAAAGAAUCACUAUCAGGAUCUGCUUGUCCGAUAUGGCCUGGAGAUUUUGAGUUACUAUAUAAGUAUGAAACAUAUAAUAACAGCUACAAAGAAUCACUAUCAGGAUCUGGUUGUCCGAUAUGGCCUGGAGAUUUUGAGUUACUAUAUAAGUAUGAAACAUAUAAUAACAGCUACAAAGAAUCACUAUCAGGAUCUGGUUGUCCGAUAUGGCCUGGAGAUUUUGAGUUACUAUAUAAGUAUGAAACAUAUAAUAACAGCUACAAAGAAUCACUAUCAGGAUCUGGUUGUCCGAUAUGGCCUGGAGAUUUUGAGUUACUAUAUAAGUAUGAAACAUAUAAUAACAGCUACAAAGAAUCACUAUCAGGAUCUGGUUGUCCGAUAUGGCCUGGAGAUUUUGAGUUACUAUAUAACUACAAAGAAUCACUAUCAGGAUCUGGUUGUCCGAUAUGGCCUGGAGAUUUUGAGUUACUAUAUAAGUAUGAAACAUAUAAUAACAGCUACAAAGAAUCACUAUCAGGAUCUGGUUGUCCGAUAUGGCCUGGAGAUUUUGAGUUACUAUAUAAGUAUGAAACAUAUAAUAACAGCUACAAAGAAUCACUAUCAGGAUCUGCUUGUCCGAUAUGGCCUGGAGAUUUUGAGUUACUAUAUAAGUAUGAAACAUAUAAUAACAGCUACAAAGAAUCACUAUCAGGAUCUGGUUGUCCGAUAUGGCCUGGAGAUUUUGAGUUACUAUAUAAGUAUGAAACAUAUAAUAACAGCUACAAAGAAUCACUAUCAGGAUCUGCUUGUCCGAUAUGGCCUGGAGAUUUUGAGUUACUAUAUAAGUAUGAAACAUAUAAUAACAGCUACAAAGAAUCACUAUCAGGAUCUGGUUGUCCGAUAUGGCCUGGAGAUUUUGAGUUACUAUAUAAGUAUGAAACAUAUAAUAACAGCUACAAAGAAUCACUAUCAGGAUCUGGUUGUCCGAUAUGGCCUGGAGAUUUUGAGUUACUAUAUAAGUAUGAAACAUAUAAUAACAGCUACAAAGAAUCACUAUCAGGAUCUGGUUGUCCGAUAUGGCCUGGAGAUUUUGAGUUACUAUAUAAGUAUGAAACAUAUAAUAACAGCUACAAAGAAUCACUAUCAGGAUCUGGUUGUCCGAUAUGGCCUGGAGAUUUUGAGUUACUAUAUAAGUAUGAAACAUAUAAUAACAGCUACAAAGAAUCACUAUCAGGAUCUGCUUGUCCGAUAUGGCCUGGAGAUUUUGAGUUACUAUAUAAGUAUGAAACAUAUAAUAACAGCUACAAAGAAUCACUAUCAGGAUCUGGUUGUCCGAUAUGGCCUGGAGAUUUUGAGUUACUAUAUAAGUAUGAAACAUAUAAUAACAGCUACAAAGAAUCACUAUCAGGAUCUGGUUGUCCGAUAUGGCCUGGAGAUUUUGAGUUACUAUAUAAGUAUGAAACAUAUAAUAACAGCUACAAAGAAUCACUAUCAGGAUCUGGUUGUCCGAUAUGGCCUGGAGAUUUUGAGUUACUAUAUAAGUAUGAAACAUAUAAUAACAGCUACAAAGAAUCACUAUCAGGAUCUGCUUGUCCGAUAUGGCCUGGAGAUUUUGAGUUACUAUAUAAGUAUGAAACAUAUAAUAACAGCUACAAAGAAUCACUAUCAGGAUCUGGUUGUCCGAUAUGGCCUGGAGAUUUUGAGUUACUAUAUAAGUAUGAAACAUAUAAUAACAGCUACAAAGAAUCACUAUCAGGAUCUGGUUGUCCGAUAUGGCCUGGAGAUUUUGAGUUACUAUAUAAGUAUGAAACAUAUAAUAACAGCUACAAAGAAUCACUAUCAGGAUCUGGUUGUCCGAUAUGGCCUGGAGAUUUUGAGUUACUAUAUAAGUAUGAAACAUAUAAUAACAGCUACAAAGAAUCACUAUCAGGAUCUGGUUGUCCGAUAUGGCCUGGAGAUUUUGAGUUACUAUAUAAGUAUGAAACAUAUAAUAACAGCUACAAAGAAUCACUAUCAGGAUCUGGUUGUCCGAUAUGGCCUGGAGAUUUUGAUUUACUAUAUAAGUAUGAAACAUAUAAUAACAGCUACAAAGAAUCACUAUCAGGAUCUGGUUGUCCGAUAUGGCCUGGAGAUUUUGAGUUACUAUAUAAGUAUGAAACAUAUAAUAACAGCUACAAAGAAUCACUAUCAGGAUCUGGUUGUCCGAUAUGGCCUGGAGAUUUUGAGUUACUAUAUAAGUAUGAAACAUAUAAUAACAGCUACAAAGAAUCACUAUCAGGAUCUGGUUGUCCGAUAUGGCCUGGAGAUUUUGAGUUACUAUAUAAGUAUGAAACAUAUAAUAACAGCUACAAAGAAUCACUAUCAGGAUCUGCUUGUCCGAUAUGGCCUGGAGAUUUUGAGUUACUAUAUAAGUAUGAAACAUAUAAUAACAGCUACAAAGAAUCACUAUCAGGAUCUGGUUGUCCGAUAUGGCCUGGAGAUUUUGAGUUACUAUAUAAGUAUGAAACAUAUAAUAACAGCUACAAAGAAUCACUAUCAGGAUCUGGUUGUCCGAUAUGGCCUGGAGAAUUUGAGUUACUAUAUAAGUAUGAAACAUAUAAUAACAGCUACAAAGAAUCACUAUCAGGAUCUGGUUGUCCGAUAUGGCCUGGAGAUUUUGAGUUACUAUAUAAGUAUGAAACAUAUAAUAACAGCUACAAAGAAUCACUAUCAGGAUCUGGUUGUCCGAUAUGGCCUGGAGAUUUUGAGUUACUAUAUAAGUAUGAAACAUAUAAUAACAGCUACAAAGAAUCACUAUCAGGAUCUGGUUGUCCGAUAUGGCCUGGAGAUUUUGAGUUACUAUAUAAGUAUGAAACAUAUAAUAACAGCUACAAAGAAUCACUAUCAGGAUCUGGUUGUCCGAUAUGGCCUGGAGAUUUUGAGUUACUAUAUAAGUAUGAAACAUAUAAUAACAGCUACAAAGAAUCACUAUCAGGAUCUGCUUGUCCGAUAUGGCCUGGAGAUUUUGAGUUACUAUAUAAGUAUGAAACAUAUAAUAACAGCUACAAAGAAUCACUAUCAGGAUCUGCUUGUCCGAUAUGGCCUGGAGAUUUUGAGUUACUAUAUAAGUAUGAAACAUAUAAUAACAGCUACAAAGAAUCACUAUCAGGAUCUGGUUGUCCGAUAUGGCCUGGAGAUUUUGAGUUACUAUAUAAGUAUGAAACAUAUAAUAACAGCUACAAAGAAUCACUAUCAGGAUCUGCUUGUCCGAUAUGGCCUGGAGAUUUUGAGUUACUAUAUAAGUAUGAAACAUAUAAUAACAGCUACAAAGAAUCACUAUCAGGAUCUGCUUGUCCGAUAUGGCCUGGAGAUUUUGAGUUACUAUAUAAGUAUGAAACAUAUAAUAACAGCUACAAAGAAUCACUAUCAGGAUCUGGUUGUCCGAUAUGGCCUGGAGAUUUUGAGUUACUAUAUAAGUAUGAAACAUAUAAUAACAGCUACAAAGAAUCACUAUCAGGAUCUGCUUGUCCGAUAUGGCCUGGAGAUUUUGAGUUACUAUAUAAGUAUGAAACAUAUAAUAACAGCUACAAAGAAUCACUAUCAGGAUCUGCUUGUCCGAUAUGGCCUGGAGAUUUUGAGUUACUAUAUAAGUAUGAAACAUAUAAUAACAGCUAUAAAGAAUCACUAUCAGGAUCUGGUUGUCCGAUAUGGCCUGGAGAUUUUGAGUUACUAUAUAAGUAUGAAACAUAUAAUAACAGCUACAAAGAAUCACUAUCAGGAUCUGCUUGUCCGAUAUGGCCUGGAGAUUUUGAGUUACUAUAUAAGUAUGAAACAUAUAAUAACAGCUACAAAGAAUCACUAUCAGGAUCUGCUUGUCCGAUAUGGCCUGGAGAUUUUGAGUUACUAUAUAAGUAUGAAACAUAUAAUAACAGCUACAAAGAAUCACUAUCAGGAUCUGGUUGUCCGAUAUGGCCUGGAGAUUUUGAGUUACUAUAUAAGUAUGAAACAUAUAAUAACAGCUACAAAGAAUCACUAUCAGGAUCUGGUUGUCCGAUAUGGCCUGGAGAUUUUGAGUUACUAUAUAAGUAUGAAACAUAUAAUAACAGCUACAAAGAAUCACUAUCAGGAUCUGGUUGUCCGAUAUGGCCUGGAGAUUUUGAGUUACUAUAUAAGUAUGAAACAUAUAAUAACAGCUACAAAGAAUCACUAUCAGGAUCUGGUUGUCCGAUAUGGCCUGGAGAUUUUGAGUUACUAUAUAAGUAUGAAACAUAUAAUAACAGCUACAAAGAAUCACUAUCAGGAUCUGGCUGUCCGAUAUGGCCUGGAGAUUUUGAGUUACUAUAUAAGUAUGAAACAUAUAAUAACAGCUACAAAGAAUCACUAUCAGGAUCUGGUUGUCCGAUAUGGCCUGGAGAUUUUGAGUUACUAUAUAAGUAUGAAACAUAUAAUAACAGCUACAAAGAAUCACUAUCAGGAUCUGGUUGUCCGAUAUGGCCUGGAGAUUUUGAGUUACUAUAUAAGUAUGAAACAUAUAAUAACAGCUACAAAGAAUCACUAUCAGGAUCUGGUUGUCCGAUAUGGCCUGGAGAUUUUGAGUUACUAUAUAAGUAUGAAACAUAUAAUAAUAUUAAUUUAAAGUUUUCCAUUUGA